AUGUAUUCGGAAGUGACGCAUACCGUUGAUGCUAAUGAAUCGGGUCCAUUUCUCACCACUAUUCUCUUCAGUGUCGAAGACCGCGUCGGUGUUUUGGACGAAUGCUUAUCAGCCGUCAAGAAUUUAAAUAUUUCAUUAACAAGAAUUGAAAGUCGUCCGAGUAAAACGCCUGGCUGGGACUAUGAUUUCUUUAUUGAUUUUAAUUCAGAGAACGCCGACCAACUUAAUCGCGUAGCUCAAACUCUGGAGAAAAUUACAAAACAGGUGAAAGUCAUUGGUGCCGGCAACAAACAAGCUACAGAAGCGCAGAUUCCAUGGUUCCCGCGUAAAAAGUCCGAUCUUGACACUUUUGCUGAUAAAGUGUUAGAGAUGGGAGAAGAACUUGAUUCCGAUCAUCCGGGUGCAAAGGAUCCAGUUUAUAGAGCGCGACGCGCAGAGAUUACUCGAGUCGCAAAAACGCAUCGUCACGGACAACCUAUCCCUACUAUUGAAUACACUCCUCAAGAGAUCGCCACAUGGGACGGUGAAAUUAAAGCAUAUGGUGCAGGACUUUUAUCUUCAUUUGGCGAAUUAGAGUAUUCGCUAACCGAUAAACCGAAAAAAGUGCCGUUCGAUCCUUACAAGACUGCAUUGCAACCAUACAUCGUGACUGAAUAUCAACCAAUUUAUUUCGUCGCGGAUUCUUUCAAAGAUGCUCAACUGAAGGUACGUGAGUUCGCCAAGACCUUAAAUAGACCUUUUUCCGUGAGAUAUAAUCCAUAUACGGAGAGUAUAGAAGUUUUGGACAAUCAGGAGAAAAUCGUAAGAUACGCUCAAAGCAUCAAGAGUGACAUGGAUACAUUAGUAAACGCUCUAGAAAAGUUAUAUUAA